ACGCCCCAAACCUUCCUAGCGCUUAUAGUCAGCCCCCCUUCUAUUACUUCGACGCUUUCCCGCACCUCUGGUGUCCCGCCCGCUGCCCGCCCUGCGCUGUGGCAGUCAACCCCUGAGGAGCUACCUCGCGGCUCGCUCUCGCGGAGGGACACACCGCGUGCAGUGCCGCGGAGGGAUUCCCAGCACUAUAUAAGGCCGGCGCAGGCGCGGCGUGGCCCUUUCCCGCGGCAGUGGCGGUCGGGGCAGCGCAGCGUGUGGGCCGCGCGCCGCCGCCAUGGGCUUCGGCGACCUGAAGUCCGCCGCGGGCCUCCGCGUCCUCAAUGACUUCCUGGCCGACAAGAGCUACAUCGAGGGGUACGUCCCUUCGCAGGCUGACAUAGCCGUCUUCGAAGCGAUCGCCACCCCGCCGCCUGCAGACUUGUGCCAUGCUCUCCGGUGGUACAACCAUAUUAAGUCGUAUGAAAAGCAAAAGGCAAGCUUGCCAGGAGUAAAGAAGGCUUUGGGAAAAUACGGUCCUGCUGAUGUUGAGGACACAACAGGUGCAGCCACAGAUAGCAAAGAUGAUGAUGACAUUGACCUUUUUGGAUCUGAUGAUGAGGAGGAAAGUGAAGAAGCAAAGAAACUGAGGGAAGAGCGUCUGGCCCAGUAUGAAUCAAAGAAGUCCAAAAAACCAGCUGUUGUUGCAAAGUCAUCAAUCUUGCUUGAUGUGAAACCUUGGGAUGAUGAGACAGACAUGGCCAAACUAGAGGAGUGUGUUCGAAGCAUUCAAGCAGAUGGCUUGGUCUGGGGAUCUUCCAAGCUAGUACCUGUUGGCUAUGGUAUCAAAAAGCUUCAGAUCCAGUGUGUUGUUGAAGAUGAUAAAGUUGGAACAGAUAUGCUGGAAGAGAGAAUAACAGCUUUUGAAGACUAUGUACAAUCAAUGGAUGUAGCUGCUUUCAAUAAGAUUUAAGUCCUGAUAUACCUAGAAUAAAUGUUGUUGCAAAAAAUGUGCAGUGUCUGCUUGUUUCAGAAUCUUAGCUCACAAAUAUAAGGUUUUCUUAAUGGGUAAAGCAGAAGCUGAAACCGAAUUUAGUACCCAGGAGUAUGUGCAGAGCAUCACUUCAGAGUUAACAUUACCACGGCUUUAAAAUACUGAAAUGCUUUCCUCCAUCUGUGGAGGAAAUUGCUUCCUUGGAAGUGUCUGGGAUUCCUCUUGAGGGAGGCAUGGUUCUAAGGGAAAGGAGCAGGGCUCAGUCAAAGUGCAUGUUUUAGUGGGUAAACAGUAUGAAUUCCUUUUGUUUAGUAAGGGUGGUGAUUAACCAAAUACAGCAUGGCCUUCGUUGAUGGAGACGAAACUAAGUUCGAAGUGACUUGCAGUGCUGUGGAGAUAAGGCCUGAGACUACCCUGAUACUGUCUCACCUGUUCUAUGACUUGGAACAUUUUUUUUUUUUUUCUCUUGAGGCUUGGAGACAUUUGCAAUGAAAUUACGUCGAGUGUCAUGUUUUAAUUAAGCAGGAAAUGUUGGGGCGCGGGCGGUGCCGCCGGGGGGCGCUGCGAGCCCAGCGGUGCCCCAGGAGCGGGGCAGGAGCCGGGGGCUGCCGCUGCGGGGUCUGUCUGACCCCCGCGUAAAUGCAAACACAAUACGGGAUAUAAAAGUAGUGAAAGUAACAGCAGUCUGGGCUGUUUACUCGGCUCCAGAUUGGCUUCUAGAUUAAUUUUGACAUUUCUUUUAGUGAUUGAAGAACCAGCAGGAAUAAAUCCCAAAAACUGUCUAUAGGUUGAUACAAAUGUAGAGGCUGUCAAAGUUGUGAAGCUUCUAAACAAAUUCGUAAUUCUGUGCCUUGCGUUGGAUUGACAGGAUUUAUUGUGACCAUGAAAUGGAAUCCUUUUAUGUGCCACAUCGGUCACUCUGAGAUGAAGAUGCCCAGUGUCACAGAGUCUGACAGCUGCAUCUUAAGUAACUCUUUUUGUUGUUUUUUUCACAGACCAUCUGUGUGCUUAUCUGGCACAGCAGGUCCUCUUUCUCCUUGUUUAGAUGUCUGCCAACUUCAGAUUAUGUAAGAGCUUUGUUUAUAAUUUGUCUCAGAAAAAAAAUCUGCCUGCUAGAGGCUUAAAGCAUGGUUAAAGAUCUGAAAGUGAGUAUUGUUACAGGCUCACUUGCCACCUUCCAUAAACCUAAUUCCUAAACAAUACCCUUUCUGUGGCAAUUCUCUAGCUGUUGCUUCUGCUAAAUCAUGUAGCUUAGUUUUACCAAUUCUGUCAUGGUGCUGUUAAAAGAAAUUGGCAGGCACCAUAUCAGACAAAAAAAUUAUUAAAAAUUCUGCCUUAAAAAUACAGAUUUGAUUUUCUUGACCGCCACUUUUUCUGAUCUCCCAUUCAAUAUGCUGCUUACCUUGAUACUCUUUUCUUGGCUUUCAAAUUAAAGCCCUAAGUGGAUUAAAUGGAUUGAUUUAUAGAUGGUAACUUUGUUAAAAUGCAGCACUGAGUCAUCCAUGUGACCUUCCAGACUGGAUUUGUGUGUGUUAUGUUUAUACUAAGCAUGCACACACAAACUCUUUGGUUCUUGAAUUUUCUUGUGUCUCGUGUUGGGUUUUGGCAGGGCUUUUUUUUUUUUUCCCUGAUAUUCAAAAGAAAGUUGCACAGAAACAAAAGAAACAAAAAAAUCCUAGAGAGCACAGUGUUCCCAGUGAAAAAAUAGGGUAUGUGGGCAAGAGUAUUCUGCUCAAUCCACAUAUAUUUGUGUUAAGUUGUUUUAGGUGGUGUUUGGGUAUGUGCUGGUAUAUUACUGUGCCAUUGUGCCUGUGAAAAAUCAGCACCCUGGAAUAAAAGGGGCAAGUGUCCCACGUGCCCCUCGUAACAGAGGGAUCAGUAGAAAAUUCCAUAACUUCAGUAUGCUCUAUACAGGAAUGCUGGGAAAACAGUUUUAACAAAAACUAAUCUACAUAAAACCCUUCAGAAACACAAACUGUCCUGGAAGAAGAUAAAAGUAACUAGAACCUGUCCAUUAUGAAAUGUGUGAAUAGCUAUUUCUAUAGUAUCUCUUUGCAUGACAACACAGAUUCCUUUCCUUUUUCUGUCCCUUUUUUUCCAUGGUGGUGAGUCGAAUGAGUGUUCCUCAGUCCAAGCAGCAUAGAAUUGUUGGUAUUGUUUUGGAGACUCUUUGGAAACAGAAACUUAGAGCAUUAUCUGUUUUGUUUAGCUAUCUUGCAUUACUCUUGAAGAAAUGAUUUAGAUAAUUCUGUAA